GUUUUCGCGCAUCGAGCAAGGACUCGUCCAGCAGCUAUUUUGCUCAAGAUGAACUGCUGGUCGAGGAACGCUUCCUUCCUUCCUUGUCCUCAAGCAAGGUGCUGUCAAGCACUUGGUUUGAUCGACUUGAGUUCGUGGUCUGGGAGACUUGGUUGUCAGGCUUGAGCGGACCUUGAGCAUGGUUUUUCCUUCAUUUUUUUCUUUCUUCCUUCGUGUUUCUCUUCGUUCGUUUGUCCGUAUUGAUCCGUAUAUUGUUUCUUUUUGUUCCAUGACCCAUGUAUUGUUUCUCUGUGUUCCUUGUUUCACAUUUCAAUGCAUUUUAUCCUGUUCAUGAUUAUGAGGGUCUUCCUUUUUAGCUGGUUUCCAGUUCUUUCCAAGACCCAUGCCAUCUAGUAGAAUAUAUUCUAAAAUCUCAAUUCCAACCCAACAGACUAAAAAUGUGAGGUAAGGAUUCAAACUAGGGUUUAUGGGUUUAUGCUAUGCAAUGUGAACCACUAGUAUAUUAUUUGAAAAUCCAAAGAGCCUACAAGGAAAAAAGAAACUUGUAUACAUUAGCUUUUAAAACACAUUUCCAUUUCAUACUAUAUCCUCCAAAAUCUAAACCCAUACCCUUCCCCUCAUCUCCAACCUCCACCACCCCACCACCACCUGACCACCACCUCAGGCGGUGGUUCAGCCCAAUACAAUGAACCCAAUCCUCUCCACUGCCCAACAAUGGCUAGUAAACCACCCCAAAAUCCUCAACUUUUCAUGGACCCCUGGUCUAACCUUUGGAUCCACUCCCCAAUUUCUCAUUCUCACAGUCCUAACCUACCUCACCUUCACUCUCCUCCUCUCUCAUAAUUCCAUUUCAUUUCCCAUUGGACCUAAUUUCCUCAAACCCAUCACAGCCAUCCAGAGCUUCACCCUCUUCCUCCUAUCUUUAAUCAUGGCCAUUGGUUGCACUCUAAGCAUCAUCUACCACCACAAACAUGAUCUCACUCAUAUCAUUUGCUUCCCUCCUCAUACCAAACCAUCUGGGCCCCUUUUCUUCUGGGCCUACAUUUUUUACCUCUCAAAAAUUCUUGAGUUUGUUGAUACCCUUCUGAUCAUUCUUAGUAAUUCAAUCAAAAGGUUGACAUUUCUCCACGUGUAUCAUCAUUCCACUGUGGUGAUUAUGUGUUACUUAUGGCUGUCCACGUGUCAGUCUUUGUUUCCAAUUGCUUUGGUGACCAAUGCAGGUGUUCAUGUUCUGAUGUAUUGGUAUUAUUUCUUGUGUGCAAUGGGUAUUAGGCCCAGAUGGAAAAGAUUGGUGACUGAUUGUCAAAUUGUCCAGUUUGUGAUAAGUUUUUUAAUUUCAAGUUUGAUGGUUUAUUAUCAUUUUAGUGGAGUGGGUUGCUCUGGAAUUUGGGGUUGGUGCUUCAAUGCUGUAUUUAAUGCUUCUUUAUUGGGCCUGUUUCUUGAUUUUCACUUGAAGAGCUAUGCCAGAAAGAAAGUUUGAUGAUCUUGAUAGAUUAAGGUCCUUCAAUUUUGAUAUUCCAAUUCAUUUUUGGGUUAAUUUUGUUUCCAUUGAUUGAUGUGGUUGACAUUUUUUUACUAUGUAAUAGUAGGAAAUGUUGAAAUUUAUUAUCUUUUUCUUUUCCA